UCAUGAGAUGUUUUCGUAGAUACAUCAGAGUACCAGGGCAGUCAGGUUUAUUCAUCUUAAGUUGAAGGUAUGAGGUCUGCAGCAGGCAAGAAAACUGUACAGGCUGCUUCACCCAAGACACAGUCCAAACUAAUAAAAGUACAAUCAGGUUCAGCAAUUGGAACAGCUAAACGAACAGAUCAAGCUGGAGGGGCAAAUGGGGACGAUGGUGAAUGCACACGAGUGAAACUGUGUGCCAGGCCAGAUGAUCAGCUGGAUCUUUCUGAACAGGAACAGAAGGAAGAUAUUACACGUGUUCUGACCGCAGUAACCAGUAAAGUUCCUGAUAAUGUAGUACAAUUCAGCUUUAAAGAACGUUCCUUUGUUCCUGUUCCUCCACCAGAGCCUACAAUAUUUCUCCUCAGUAUUGAAGGAACGUGUCUGGCCAAGGACUCUGAGGAUGCUCGUUAUCAGAUACUUGCAGAAGGAGGAACAAUCGAUGAUGGAGCAAGUGCACGAACAAGGGAAAAAGAAGCUGGGGAAAGUGGUGAGAAAGCGCCUGAAGGUGAGGAAGCGGGGCAAGAAGGUGAACAAGAAGCAGGAGAAACAGAACCUGAAGGAGAAGGUGAAGGAGAUGACAGGAAGGACAGUGUAGUUGAAGCUCCUGUGCCAAUGAAACCCAAGAAGAUCACUAACCAGUUUAAUUUCUGUGAACGUGCUUCACUGACUUUCAAUAAUCCAUUUCGGGAUGUGGAUACGCAAACAAUACCUCCACCACGUGCAAAGUUUUCUGAACAAGUAACACAGUGGGUUAUAUAUGAUGCAUAUCAUGAAGAUUUCUUAACACAACAGCGUGAAAAAGAUAAGGACAAGAAAGAGAAACCUGCAACAUCUGGAGCUAUGAAGAAAGAAGAAACAAAAAAGAAGGAGGUUCAAGUGCUGGAUGUAAACAGCCGAAUGCUAAUGGCUGUGAAGAUACUGGAAAGAAUGGUCAAUCAGAACACAUUUGAUGAAAUAGCACAAGAUUUCAGGUACUGGGAGGAUCCAUCUGAUGAGUACAGAGAUGAAGAAGGAACUCUGUUGCCACUGUGGAAGUUUGCUUAUGAGAAGACAAAGAAAAAUCAUGUAACAGGUCUUUCCUGGAAUCCUCACUACUAUGAUCUGUUUGCAGUAUCUUUUGGCUGCUUUGAUUUCAUGAAACCACAACCUGAAGGUGCUGUGUGUCUGUUCACAUUGAAAAAUCCAUCAUUCCCUGAAUAUGUUUGUACUACAGAUACUGGAGUAGUGUGUGUGGAUAUUCAUCCUAAAUUUGCUUGCCUCAUCGUUGUUGGACUGUUUGAUGGAAAUGUUGCUGUUUAUAAUGUUAUUUCCCCAUCAAAGGAACCAGUAAGCAAGAGCAAUUCAAUAUCAAGCAAGCAUGGAGGAAUAGUGUGGCAGGUUCGAUGGGGAGAAGACAUGCCAGAUGGAGAAAUGAAUUUUUUCUCAGUGUCAGCUGAUGGGCAUGUGUUUAGUUGGGUUCUUGGGCAGAGUGGUUUAUCACAAACAGUUGUUAUUCCACUGGUACUGGCAAAAGAACCAAUACCUGGGCCACAAGGAACUUCAACAAGCCUUACAGGAUGUGGUACUGCAAUAGCUUUUCAUCCAAAGGAGCCUUUAAUUUUUUUGGUUGGCAGUGAAGAUGGGCAAAUUUACAAAUGCAGUACUGCAUACUCUUCCCUAUUCUUGGCAACAUAUGAAGCACAUCAUAUGGCAGUGUAUAAAAUAGAUUUCAAUAAAUACUGUCCAGAUAUUUUUGCUUCGUGUAGUGCUGAUUGGAGAGUAAAGAUAUGGGAAGAUAAUAGGAGUGAUCCAUUAUUUGUUUUUGAUUUGGGAUCACCUGUUGGAGACGUUGAGUGGGCACCUUAUUCAAGUACUGUUCUUGCUGCAGUCACUAAUGAUGGUAAAGUCCACGUUUUUGAUUUGAAUGUCAACAAAUAUAAACCAAUUUGUGUCCAGCCAGUUGUAUCAGCAAAGAAGAACAAACUGACAAGACUAUCAUUUAAUUACAAGUUACCAGUUUUAAUUGUGGGAGAUGACAGGGGUUGUAUAACUAGUCUGAAACUGUCCCCAAAUCUCCGUAAAAAAGUGAAGCCACCAAAAAAAGGUCCACAGUAUGAGCCUAGAGAACUGGAAAUCAUGAAGUUAGAGAAAUUACUGGCACUUGUCCGAGAGCCUCAAACACAAAAACCGUGUACUAAUAUUGUGGAGCCAAAGGAAGGAUAAUAAGGUCUGAAAACAUUGAACCUUCUGUUCCUGAGUGAGAUGGAUGAUGACGUAGUACCCAUGGCUGCAAACAUUUGUGACCUGAAGAUACUUGUGUAAAACCUUAAAGCUUGUCAUAAUCCAAUCUUAAGAGUUCCCCGAGUAUGUGUCUAUGUUUUCUGGAUGUAAAUGUGUUUUCUUUUGUAGCAGUUCUCUCUGGAUUCGUGGACCAGUUUUCAUCUUCAAUAGAAUUUCUUCUACGGCUGAAUUUAUUUUAACAACAAAAUGCCACAACCAUGGAAGGAAAAGAAUGCUGUGUGCUUGGUGCAGUCAUUCAGAGCACAAGUUCACAUUAUAAUAAAGUCUGAAUUUGCAAUUAAUGUUAUUAAACAGAACACUUCAGUUUCAAUUUGAUGGGGAGCAGCAUAAAUAUUUUGUUGAAAGAAAAGAGUUGUCAUUAGUGGUCACCAGUGUUAACCCAUAAAUUCAUGUGCAAAACUCACAGUAGUAUACUAUAAAAACAUGAAAGUCUUUGUUAAUAUUAUUCUCUGUAUGAACGUAGCAAUGCUUGUGGAAAGUGAUUCACUUAGAACAUUUAGAGUUAUGAGCAACAGGUUAAUAGCAUUUGCACUUGACACUGAUGCUUCUGAGUUUUGCACUUACAGUAUCAUUGUUUAAGUGAUCACACACAAACGCUACCAGAAGAGAUCGCAUUGGAAACCUGGUAGAGACCACUCAGAGAAGCUAAAAUCAUUGAAAAUUAACCAUUUCUCCAAUGACUUGUAUAUAUUAUAGCAUACACUAUUGACACUCAACAGAUUUCAGUUCCAAAAGAGGUCCUAGAAAUUGAUCAGUUGAGCUAUGAUGACAGUGGAAUGGCUUCUUCUGAAAGAGUCUUCCUACACAACUGUCACAAUGCAGGCUCAAUGAACAGCUGAUCUUUAUCCUUCUUAUCACUAGAAACUAGCCAUUAAAGUGGUCAGUAAUGCAAGGGGUAAAGGUAACCUCUCCAUAAUUGAGGUUUUGAGUGAUUAGAGCCACAUAAAGAACAUUGAAAAUGUAGCUGAGCUUUCAGACAGUGUUCUUCUUCAGAGAUAACUGAUACAAAGAUAGUCCUACUGUUCCAGGGAAAGGCUGUAUAAGGUGGAGUGGGUGAGUGAAGAAAGGAAGUGGGGAAUGAAAGGGAGUAGUGGAGGGAUGGGUUGCUGAGAGCUGGAGAAAGAGGCUAUAAGGGAACAGUACAGAGAUGUUGCAUCAGUGAGUUCAACCUGGCACAGGAAGGGAGAAUUGCAUUUGGAAAAUGAUAAAGUGGAGGAGUAGGUUGGGAGAUGUGUAGGGAUGAUAGCACUGAGGAAAAUGAUAACUUUGGAGAAGAGAGUGUGAGUGAGGUUUAUUGAGUGAGCCCGAGGCAUGGGGAUAGGUGCAAAGGUGGAUGUUGGACAGGGAUUAGUGUAGACUGAGACCAGAAAUACUGCAUAAUCAAAGGACAAUUCCCAAACAGAUCUCCUGUGCUAUAUGCACACAUGCCCCUAAUCUUCCACCCACUCCAACAAACCAUCUGCAACCCAGCAUUAUCCCACACUUGAACAUCUUAAAUCAUAUCUUUCAUUAGAGCUUUCACUAUCUUUCAUCAUGCCCACAAAUAAGGAACAUCGUUCUCACAAUGCUUACCACCUCCCCACUGUGUCCUCCUAAUUUAAAAAAUAUAUUGGUCCAUUCUUAUCCCACACCUAUUCCAGACUCUUUUUGACAUUAGUCAUAUCCCUGUGGAAGAUCCACGUGGGUAGCCCUAUCCUAUCAGAGCCGGGGCUAACAGUGAAAGCAGUUGUGUGAUAUAUCAACUCCACUGCAACUUUUGCACAGCUUUAUAUGUGGAGGUGACUGCCACUCACAUGAAUAGCUAAAGUGUGGCCAAGAGAGAGGUUGAUUACCCAGUGGUAGAACAUGCUACUGGGCACAAAUGGCUCGACUUCACUGGAUUCUUCACAAAAAAAUGUCAUUAACCUCCCACUUGCCCCCCAGCAAUAUCAGCUUUCCUGAAUAGCAUAGAUGGGUGUCGUACUUACAGCACAGUUGUCAAUCCUGCAGUCUUCAAUCUCCACUAGUACCUGUCCCAAACCAACCCCCCAGUCCCCUCCCCAUGCUUCCUAUUUAACCCCAUUAAUCUAAACUCAGACUUUCAUCUCCACAGUUGUCAUCUGCCUUGGUUCAACCCCUUCCCCAACCUAUACCAUGACUUCAUCCUGUGCCAGAUGCAUUGCAAUUCUUCCUGCCUGAGCCAAGGUGAACCUGCCGGUGUCAAAUUGCCAUCCCAUGCUCUUGCGGCUUCUCACUCCUGACCGUCACCCAGCUUUCCCCUCAACCCUUCACUCCCCCCUCUCUGCCACCUUUCCCCUGUUAUCCACUCCAUUGGAAAGAAC